CAUACCUUUCAAAUAAUUUUCCAACUACCCCACAUCUCCAACUUUGUUUUUCUCCAUCAAAAUGAAGCUAUUCCUUCCUAUUUUCUUAACCAUUUUAGCCAUAACUUUUCUUAAAUCUCAUGCUCAAGACAACCAAACACAAUUCCUAGACGUCCACAACACGGUCCGUGCACAAGUUGGCGUACCCCCGCUUGCUUGGAACCACACACUAGCAUUGUACGCCCAACAAUUCGCCGAUAAAGUCAAGCAAACGUGUGAUAACACGGAGGAGUCAGGCGGACCAUACGGCGAGAACACGGCAUCCGGAUACGGGGCGUUUACGAUCGUCGAUGCGGUAAAUCAGUGGGUGGAAGAGAAGCCAAACUAUGAUCAUCAUUUGAAUGUUUGUAAGAAUGGAACAGAAUGUAAGCACUACAAACAAGUGGUUUGGAAUGAGUCUUUGUACGUUGGAUGUGCUAGUAUAUUUUGUGGCGCUGGUUGGCCUUUUGUAGUUUGUGAAUAUGAUCCUCCUGGAAAUAUUCAGGGUAAAUGGCCUUAUUAAUCAAUUAGCUAAUUAAAUUUGGUUAUGAAUAAUAUGAUUGUAGUAGGGGAUUGUGUUGUUAAUCUUCUUAUGCAUGGUUUUUCAAUUAUAUAACUAAAGAACUUUUGAGAUGCAAUAAAAUUGGUUUUCUGGACAAAUUAAUUAAGUCCAUUUUUAUUUGGA